ACACAACGUGGUUAACAGUACACAGUUGCCCUUCAAUGUAAUGUCCAGCUAUCGCCCACUUUAGGUCCUUCACUGUGUAUUGCCGGUGAGAAAAACGACAUCGGGUUCAAACGAUAUAGGGUCAUUUUGAUACAAUGGCAUCCAAGCUCCUGCCUGUGUUGAAGUUGACCAGCAAGGUCGCUGUGGCUGGAGGGGCCUUGUAUGUUGUGUAUGACUCCGGGCUCCUGGGAAGCAGUCAACAGGGAACCGAGGUCCUGGGGAAGGCAAAGACCGCCAUCCCCCCUGCCAUCAACGAGUGGAUGAAGUACUUUGGGAUGGAGGCUCAAAUCCCUGCAUUGCCCACGAUUGAGUUCUCCCCUCGUCAAGCAUGGAACUCAGGAGUGCGUACAACAUUUUCCACACUUUCGGAGGGGCCCACAAAAAUAUGCGACUAUACCAGUCAAGGAUUCCAGUAUCUAAAAGAUCUUGCCAAAUGAACCAGCACAACAAACUAAAAUAGUAACAUAUUUAUUAGUUAUUUUAUAAUUUGGGAAUGGGUUUUGGAUCACAUUCACACUUCAGAAAUUGAGCAACAGCUUUAAGUUCUAUUCUCAUUGGGAAAGACGAGACAUUGAAAAUUCGACAUCAGCAAAACAAAAGUAUGACAAACACCAACAAUUAUUUUCCUAUUAAACUGCCUUGGAUGAAAAGUGGUUUUGAAUGUUUGUUUUAUUUAGUCUGAUAAAUAAUAUUGCAAAAUACACAUACUUCUAACUGUAUAUGUUAAUUGUAUGUAGCAGGCUCAUGUCUUAUCAUUAACUCUGUUUUGAUUUGUUGUGCCCACUGUCCCAACUCUUUUAUGAAGAGAACACUCUUGUAUAUAUUCAGUAUCACCAUUUCCGGUUGUAAAAUAAAUAUUCCUCAAUUGAUCAACCAGUUGGGAGUGAAUUAUUCAUCAU